AUGCUCUCAAGACCAAGUAUUGAACGCGCUUGGGUAUUUGCCCUGGGCCUUUUGGCCGGAGGCUCCCUCGUUGCUGCUGCACCCUGUGACAUCUACGCUUCCGGUGAUACACCUUGUAUUGCCGCGCACAGCACCACUCGAGCCCUUUACAGUGCCUUCAGUGGUGCCCUAUACCAAGUCAAGCGUGGCUCAGACGGGACAACAACGACGAUCUCCCCGCUCACUGCCGGUGGUGUUGCAAAUGCAGCGGCCCAAGAUACCUUCUGUGCUGGCACAACCUGUCUCAUCACAAUCAUCUAUGAUCAAUCUGGCCGCGGAAACCAUCUCACGCAGGCUCCCCCAGGUGGCUUCAAGGGCCCUGAAGCCAGUGGCUAUGACAACUUGGCCAGUGCAAUUGGCGCCCCAGUCACACUGAAUGGCCAAAAAGCCUACGGAGUCUUCAUGUCCCCCGGUACAGGAUACAGCAACAACGCCGCCAGUGGUACUGCUACAGGCGACGAGGCUGAGGGUAUGUACGCGGUGAUUGACGGGACCCACUACAAUGGCGCCUGCUGCUUCGACUACGGCAAUGCCGAGAUCAGCAGCACUGACACGGGCAAUGGUCACAUGGAAGCCAUUUACUUCGGUGACAACACCGGCUGGGGAUCUGGCGCUGGCAGUGGUCCCUGGAUUAUGGCUGACCUGGAGAACGGUUUGUUCUCCGGCCAGGGUUCUAAGAACAAUGCUGGGGACCCUACCAUUUCCUACCGCUUCGUAAACGCCGUGCUCAAGGGUGGAGCUAACAAGUGGUCACUCCGGGGUGGUAACGCUGCCUCUGGCUCUCUCUCAACCUACUACAGUGGAGCACGCCCAACUGCCUCAGGAUAUAACCCUAUGAGCAAAGAGGGUGCCAUCAUUCUCGGCAUCGGCGGCGACAACAGCAACGGCGCUCAGGGAACCUUCUAUGAGGGUGUCAUGACAUCUGGAUAUCCAACUGACGCCACCGAGAACGCAGUGCAGGCCAACAUCGUGGCCGCCAAGUAUGCCGUGGCAUCCUUGACUAGCGGAACUGCACUGACUGUUGGCUCUUCAAUUUCACUGCGCGCUACCACUUCUGGUUACGACACGCGGUAUAUCUCACACACCGGCUCAGCCAUUGACACUCAGGUUGUCACUUCCUCCAGCACCACUGCUCUCAAGCAACAGGCUAGCUGGACCGUUCGUGCGGGUCUUGCAAACAGCGGUUGCUUCUCGUUUGAGUCCAAGGAUACUGCUGGAAGUUACAUUCGGCACUAUGACUUCGGUCUGGUUCUUGCUGCUGGCGAUGGUACCAAGCAGUUCAAUGAAGAUGCUACAUUCUGUCCCCAGACUGGUCUCAGUGGCCAGGGUACCUCGAUCCGGUCCUGGAGCUACCCUACCCGCUUCUUCCGUCACUACACCAACGCCCUCUACAUUGCGAGCAAUGGUGGUGUCCACACCUUUGAUUCUGCUACUUCUUUCAAUGACGAUGUUACCUGGGUGGUUAGCACUGGCUUCGCUUAG